CCUGUUCUGUACAAACCCACAACAGAAUCAAGAGAAGAAGGGAAUGGGGUGUUGGAUACAGUCUACUUUUGAAUCUACAAUAUUGAAACAUCCAUAAAAAUGGAAAGCAGCUCUGCAGAGACAACAGCUGGAGAUGAUUCUACUCUAACCCCUAGUUCAUCUAUAGAGGACACCUCAGCAGAUGCUGCUGUCACUUGGAUCAUUCUCGACUGCCACCCAUCACUUUGCACUAUUUUUGUCGAUACGUUGGACAGCCCAUCGUCGUGCCAACAUCAAGCUGAUACAACUUCAGCCCCUGUGGCAGCUCGGGAUGACUCCACUUCAACUCCUGGUUCAGCUACCGAGGACAACUCAACAGCUGCAGGGUGGCAAGAUCUGUCCUGUGACAGAUGGACAGAGUCUCAUGUCGGCUCCUGGUUGAGAAGCAUUGGAAUAAAAGAGAAGUACAUAGCAAAACUGGAGGAGGAGGAGGUGACAGGACCAGUUCUCCCAUCUCUACAGAGGAACUACCUCAGCUCGACAAUUGGAAUGAAAGGCGGCCAAAUCGAACUCCUACUCAAGAAAAGAGAUGAACUUUUAAUGCCAGAACAGAACAAACCAAAGAAAGGAAAAAGAAAUGAGACAAAAGAAAAGGUGCAUCUAGAAAGGGACCCAGCGAACCCUUCUGAAAAACCUUCUGACUGUGCAGAGAGGGAAGAUAGACCUAUGGAAUGCAAUAAAACCUCAACUUCUACAGGAGAAACUUUAUCUUUCUGUGACUAUGCAAACGUUGACCAGCAAGGUAAAAACUGCAGCUAUGUCAAACACAAUGUGCUGCCUCCAGAGACUGGAACUGAGAACCUGAUCGUUCCGUGUCAUGAAUACAAGUCCCUUGAGUUUUCACACGAUCUAGACUCAAUAAGGCUAAAAUCAAAAGUUGCAAAGGACCUGUUAAAAUUUGCAUGUGCAUGCAUGAAUAUGCGAACCAAUGGGACCAUUCAUUUUGGGAUAAUGGAUAAAAAUACCGGCACACAUCAGCAUGGUGAAAUUGUAGGAUUCCCUGACAAGAGGAGAGAGGAUUUUGUAGAUGCACUAGACUACAUUGAAAGCAGUUUCAAAGACACAAAUCAACAAGUAGAUGCCAGGAAGUGCAUAAGGAACCCCAGAUUCAUUGAGGUCCUUGACAAGGAAGCUACUGAGAAUAUGGAGAAAACAUGUGUCAUUGAAUAUGAUAUUGUACCAAAAGCAACCAUUGUUAAAAAUAAGCUAUACAGUGUUGGUAUCCCAAAAUUCUCUGAGGAGAGAAAAAAAGUAAUCUAUGAAAAGAAAGUUCCUUAUCACAGAGUAGGAGCUAACACACCAAGCAUCCCUGAUGAUGAUCUUGUUCCUUUUAUUCAACAACUGAGUAAGAAAGAUGAACAGAGAGAAGAGGCAGAGUCUUCCAGCAAUCGAACAGCUGUUGACUGCAGAGAGGAUCAAAAAAGGAAACUCUGCAUCCUCUUAACAUGUGGGAAAACACAUAUGGACGACUCUCUUCAUUACAUCAUAGUGACCAACAAAUUUCAGCCACAGCAUCUCGACAGCAUACAAUUCUUGCUUCACAUGGAUAUAUGCUGUGUGUUUGAUUUUGACCCUGACUCAAAGACAUCUGGUCUUUGUGGUAAAUAUAAGGAGCAGAAGGCGGUAACCCUUCACUUUCUGGGUGACUAUGAAAAUAAAAAUGGACUGAAAACUGCUGAAUUCAUUCAUUCUUUGAAGCUUUUUGAGAAAACAAGCUGGAUUUUCUGCAAUGGAAGGAAAGAUUUCCCCAGUGGAGAGGAAACCUGUGAUGAAAAAAUGUGGAUAAAAACAAAAAAGAAGAAGUUGAAAAAGGCGGUGUCUCUCAUCUGCAAUGACGUACUUCCCAGAGGCUCAUUUGUUGUCCUCUUCCUGCUCAUGUCUGAUGUUGAGCAGCCACUUGUUGAGACAUUCCAUGAAUUCUAUGCUGAGAUGAAUGGACACGAUUAUUUGGCAGUCAUAUCAGAGUCAAAGGAAAACUACAAAAAGUGGUCAAGUCUUGCCCAGGUGUCUUGUCACAUGUCUGAGCUCCACAACAUCAGCAUUGCUGGAAUGCCACUGACUCAUGUGGAUGCCACAGUUCAAAGUAUUCAGCUCUUAAAGAAUCAACCCGAAAGGACAUUGCCGGUCUUCAAUGGAGCAGUAUGCUCCAUAAAGUCAGUUGAAGAGUCUAUGCUAGAUUCUUUGGAAAUCAUCAGUGUUGACCAGUGUGAUGAAACAAAGGUGGAUAUCAUGAGUGAGGACGAAAUCAAACAGACUGAGAUGUAUUUCUAUCGAGGGGGAAAAAUAGACUGGAUCAAUUUCUGGCUUGCUGACAAACAAAGGUGUGGAAACAUCAUAAAGAGAGUUGCCUAUGAAGACACAAGCAAAAUCCUGGACCGUAUAGCAAAUUGUGCCAAAGCCAUACGUCCCAUUGAGAGUGUGAACAUAUAUCAUCAUCCUGGCAGUGGUGGAAGUACAGUGGCUCGACAGAUCCUCUGGUGCUGGAAAGAAAAAAUAAGAUGUGCAGUUGUCAAACAGGGUAAGGAAAUCACAACCGUGUGUGAGCACGCAGUGAAACUGAGAGAACACGACGAGAGAGACAAAAACAACUGUCUUCCAGUGCUCCUGCUCUUGGAGGACUGCAAAGCAGAUUACAUAGAUGAUCUCAGACGGGAGCUUGGAAAUGUCAUUACAACCAAAAAAAUUAGCCCCUCUGUUCUGUGCUUUAUCCUCCUCAUCUGCAGCAGGUCCAAUGAUCCAGAAAGAAUGUGCAGAGCAUCACCAUCUCAAACAGUGGCAGUCACACACGAGCUCAAAGAUGCAGAGAAGCCAUUGUUCUCAAAAAAACGUGAGGAACUCAAACUUCAAAUCGACACAAAACACAUCCUCACAUUUGUGUUGAUGAGUGAAGGGUUUCAGCCAAGUUACAUUCAGGAUUUUGUGAAAAACACUCUAACUGAUAUUGAUCAUUCAUCAUCAGUCACUCGCCUCAUUAGAUUUGUGGCUCUCUUGAAUUCCUAUGUUGGAGACUCAUACAUAUCUGUAUCACACUGUGAGGCAUCUUUUGGAAUAACCACCCAUGACAGAGCUCGGUAUCAUGCAUUUGUGAAUCAUCUCAGUGAUGAAGCUAAGCUUCUCUUCAUCCACCAUAGAGAAGCUUCAACACACAUCUCAUCGAUACGAAUUAUUCAUGAACUGGUGGCGAAGGAAAUUCUGAGUCAGCUGUCUGCAAAUUAUCCUCAGAGCGAUAUUGCCAUGGAUCUCAUCAAUGACAAGGUACUCAUGAAUCAUAGGUUCGGCCGUGAUGACUUCCUGAUGUUCAUCAGAGCUCUUUUCAUCAGACGCUACAAAAAGAGCAGAGGGGAUCCAGUAGACUCAGCCUUUUCACCCCUUAUUGAGCAUGUCAUCACAGAAAGAGAUGGUCUUCAGAAAGCUGUUGAACUCAUGAAAACUGCUUACAUAGCUUUGGGAAAAGAGGCAUACGUGGCACAACAGCUUGCCCGACUGCUUUACACACAUUUGAGAUUUGAAGAGGCCCUAGAAUGGGCAGAGGAAGCAAAAUCUCUUCUUCCAUUUGAUAUAUUUGUCCUUGACACCUUGGCACAAGUUUACAAGUGGUGGUUUUACCACUUGUAUGACAGCCUAGAGGGGAACAUAUCCCCUAAAGAGGCAAGUGAAAUCAUAAGCACUGCACUAAAAGGAAUUUCUUCUUUUCGGGCCUCAGAGAAAACACCAAAGAAAGAGACGGUGAUCCUUAACAGUUCGUACCAGGGAGAGGUAGAUGUUGGCUGCAGGCUGUUAAAAUUCCUGUCUGAGGUAGAUGUUUUCUUGACCGAUACAGGAAAAUCAAAAUUGCUGAAGUAUUUGCUAACAGACUACAUACCAUCAGAGGUCAAAGAACCAUGGCAGAGGUUUCAUCAGCAGUUGAAAGGAUUACGGGAGAGCUUGGACCACGCACUUGAGUGCAUUUCUGAAGACCUUAGCUACUUUCAGACUGAAAUUAGCGAAGAGGAUGAAGAGCUUGAUGCACGGGAUCCUGAACAAGUAUACAAUCCUAGGAAAUGGCUGACAAGGAAAACCGCUGUAUAUGCUACAUUUUUUUGUGAUAUAUCAGACAACAGUGACCAAACAGCUGAGCACAACAGUACCAACACGGCUGGUCCAGCAGAGACACUUCCUCAGUUCAAAAGACAGAUGGAGAUCUACAAGCUUGGUGGAGGAAAUUUUACGUCCAUCCUCUCAUUGCUUUAUGACAAGAACACAGAGAGGGCAGGUAAAAAACUUGAGACAAUAAUUGGCAUGUACCCGGAGAACCUGAAAAGAAAAUGCUUGGAUCAGAGAGAACUUUCAAACUUCAUCAUUUGCCAGAUAGCUCUCAACUGUACUCUGCCCGGAUCCUCAAAGCUCCUGUCGCUUGAAAAGCUUCAAGAUCUCAGCCAGAGAUUUACCACAAAGGGGAGAAACAUGUCGACAGCAAGUGCUCUCUUCCUUCUCUCCCUUCUGUUUUGGCCUGAGGCUGGCGAUGAGCUUAGUUCUACUAAUACAGAGAUCCUUUCAUCAGCCGUUGAUGCACUUCAGAAACUCUGCUGGCAAAAAAGCCAAGAUGUUUCUAAAGGGAAAAGCAAAAUAGUGACCCACUUCUUUCUGGCAAAGGCAAAAGGUCUCAACAAGAUUGUCCACAGAACUGCCAUUGAAAAGCAUAUCAAAGGGCCUCUAAGUGAAAGAAAAGUGAAAUGGCUUGGAGGGGAAGUUUGGAAAACCAGGGAAGUUGUGCAGCUACUGGAACGUGUCAAAGGAUGGACAGAAAAUGGAAACUUGUUUGUGAAAGGUGGAUCCAGAGACAGCAAGAUAAGGGUCUUUCCGCGAUAUUCUGCCUCCUUGCCUGACGGAAAUGAAAGGGUCACCUUCUACCUGGGCUUUUCAUUUGAUGGAGUGCUUGCCUAUGACAUCAAAGCAGUAGAAUAACGUCCCAAAUAUAAAUGUGCAAAUAUCUUUCCAACACUGCAGUGAUUAUUGUGUAAUCCUGAGCUACAAAGACGUAGGCAGACUGCUCCUUUUUCAUAUAGGACACAAAUACAAAUCUGAAGACAUUAAAAUCUGGAGGUUUAUUUUUAACAGAUAUGGGUUCUGUCUUCCUCUGUCCCUCCAGUGAAACAGGCAUUUGAAGUGCAUCAAGAGAUUUUAAAUUGAUCAGACAGCUUUUAACUAUGCACUGCUAUAUUGAAUAUAGGAUGUAUCCAGGUGAAGCUUUCACGGGGAAACAAUUCUCAAAUGGCAUGAUUUGUGGAUCUAGCAAGAAGCUGAAAUCAAUUCUCAAAUUAUAUUAAAAGAUUAAAGGCCUUUGUUGAUCUAAUGGAAGUAUUUUUAUUAGUAGAGUUUUCAGAUUUUGAAUUACUUGGAGCCUUACUGUUUUAUUGUUUUGAGUUUAAUACAUUAGGGUUAGGGGGUUGAAUGAUCUGAGUGUAGAUGAGUGUAGAUGAAUUUUACCAGUGAACAGAAAGUCUGCCUCAUGUUUGUGUAUAAUAAAAAGCAGACAGUUUCAUGAUGAUUUCAAAUGCGAGAUUUUAAGAUGACAGUAAUUAGAGGUUAAACAGUUGUUGUGCAGAACAUCUGCCAUAUAAAUAUUAAUGUAAACUAUAUUUGAUAACAUUUUUUUGUAUUUUCUUUCUGUAUUAAUACUUAAAACUUAUUUUUUCAAUGAACUGAGAAGUGUAGAUGAAUUGUACCAGUAGACAGAGUCUGCCUCAUGUUUGUUUGAUAGAAAGCAGACAAUUUCAUGUUUUCAAAUGUCAAAGACUUUUACAGGUUUGAGAUUUGAAGGUAAAGGUAUUUAGAGGUUAUGCAUUUGUUGUUGUUGCUUGAAACUUUGAAUCUCAAAAGCAUUCUGUAUUUUCUUUUUUAAUUAAAAUGUAACACUUGUGAUGUUGAAAAGUUCUGAGAAGUUAAAUUGAAUUGUACCAGUAUGUAUAAAGUAUGCCUUAUGUUUGUGUAUAAAAAAAGUAGACAAUUUCAUGAUGGUUUUAAAAUACUUAUUUUGCAUUGACCAUUAUACGGCCUUUAAAUAACAACAUGCCUAUAUGUCAUGUUUCAAAUGCAAUAAUGCAUCCAGUCUGUCAAAACCAUCCUUGUAACAAAAAUGUUUCGGAUCCCUGUAGAUGAGAAUAGUGUUGAAUGAAGUUGUUCUUCAAAAAAAAAAAAAACAUGACACUUCAGUCUUUUAAUAAAAAUUUUAUUUCAGACACCA